CGGAUAAAAUUUGUAUGGGCGGACCGACGGACCAAACAAAAAGUCUGACAAAAGGGAGACGGUACUUUGCAUUUGCAUUUCGAGGCAAACAAAACACGUUUUUCUUUCGCCCGUACGUAACUAAUGAUUUUGUAAAAUUGAAAAUAAAAUAAGCAUUCCCGGAGGUCGGAUCCCCGCCGGGUCGGACCUAAGAAGAAGAAGAAGAAUUGUCACGCUUCUCCUUAUUAUCUGUCUCCAUCUCCGUCGCUGUUCUUCGAUUAGGUAGUGCUGAAGAUACAAUGGAACAGUUUCUUAUUUAAGGCGUUUCCCCCAGUUCGGCUCUGAAGGGUCUUCACUAAAUAGAGGACCCUUCGGACGAUGUAUAGCUUGUGUCUAUAACAAUCCAUAGAGAAAACAAAUUCAAAGUGAAUAACCAGUGGUUGCUGUAGUAAGGUUUGCUAGGCAUGCCAGCUGUACAAAAGCUUUACAAUUCUUGCAAGGCUUUACUCUCAACAAAUGAGCCUGUUUCUGAAGAGGCGCUCGAAAAAGUUCGCGCUAUAUUAGAAAAACUCAAGCCUUCUGAUGUCGGCCUUGAACAAGAGGCACAAUUAGUACGGACUCAGAAUGGUACAAUGGGUGUGCCCAAUGGGCGGCGUCUUCCAUCCAUACCAGCUAUCAAGUACCUCCAUUUACACGAGUGUGACAGCUUUUCUAUAGGAAUAUUCUGCAUGCCUCCUUCCUCUGUCAUUCCACUUCAUAACCAUCCUGGGAUGACAGUGUUAAGCAAGCUGCUCUAUGGUUCUUUAUUAGUGAAAGCAUACGAUUGUAUAGAUCUACCAGAGCCUUCCCAUCUAUCCCAAUCCCAAGGUGUGUGUCAUUUAUAAUAGAAAUUUGGGAUUUAGAGCGAAUCUUAAGAGUGGAUGGCUCCAUCCGUCCCAGAAUAACUUAUACAUUUGGUUUCACGAAGAUUAAGAAAAGUGUUGUAAAAUGUUGAAAAGAGGUACAAAAGUGAAAAAUGGGUGAUUAGAAUUUGUUUCGAACGUAUGAAGUGUUCUGGACCACAUUCUUUUCCUAGAAGGAAAAUAGAAAAAGUGGGUAAAUUAUUUUGGGUUAGAUUAGAAAGGAAAGUGGGUAAAUUAUUCUAAGACAGACAGAGUUUAUCAAAUUAAAUUUUCCACCCAAGUGGAUGAAUGACUUGUGAGUUUGUCACCAUUGGUUUGUGACAAGUUCAUCAUAAUGGGUUUCUGGGGCAAGACCGGCAAAGCUUGUCAGAGAUUGUGAGAUGAUUGCUCCGUGUGGUACAACAACUCUCUACCCAACUAGUGGCGGGAAUAUUCAUUGUUUUAAAGCCAUCACUCAUUGCGCUUUCUUGGACAUUCUCUUUCCACCAUACGCUUCUGAGGAUGGUUGUCAUUGCACUUACUUCCAGAAGUCUCCAAGACGGGAUCUUCCAGGCGAGCUCAAAGUGGAUGGAGUCGGAACAUCCGAAGUGACUUGGCUCGAAGAGUAUCAGCCUCCCGACAAAUUUGUAAUUCUGAAAGGGCAAUACAAGGGUCGCGCAAUAAAAACUUAGGACUCGUUUCCCCAAAUCGCGCAUUGAAUGCAUCAAGCACUUCAUACCAUUAUUAUUAUUAUCGAGGUCAAUUAAUUUUGCUAUAGCUCAAUCAAUUGUGGGAAUAAUGUCUUCUGGUGGCUUGAGAAUAGGUAUUUGAUUUGUACAUAUUAUUAUCAAUAUACCAGAGCCAUAUAUAUUAUUGUUGGUCUGGCAAUCAGGCUUUAUAUACUCCAUUUGUACCAUUAGUUGGGGAGAAAAACUAUAAUCCUUCCGGCACUUAUUUAAGGAGUCAGUUAUCCUUGUUAUACGAUAAUGUAUAAUUUUUCCUAGUAAGAAUGAGUAAUAUAUUUUUUCCACAUUG